GUGGUCCUGGUCCGGGUUCCCUUUCCUGCUGUUCGUCGCUCCUGCCGCCGACGCCGUCGCCGCCCGAGCUCCCAGUUCUGAUCUGUGGUGCAGCCGGGACCCGGCACCAUGUCGCUGUCACGGUCGGAAGAGAUGCACCGGCUCACGGAAAAUGUCUACAAGACCAUCAUGGAGCAGUUCAACCCCAGCCUCCGCAACUUCAUCGCCAUGGGCAAGAACUAUGAGAAAGCGCUGGCAGGUGUGACCUUUGCUGCCAAAGGCUAUUUCGAUGCCCUGGUAAAGAUGGGGGAGCUGGCCAGCGAGAGCCAGGGCUCCAAGGAACUUGGGGAUGUCCUCUUCCAAAUGGCUGAAGUACACCGGCAGAUCCAGAAUCAACUGGAAGAGAUGCUGAAGUCUUUUCACAACGAACUCCUCACGCAGCUGGAGCAGAAGGUAGAGCUGGACUCCAGGUAUCUGAGUGCUGCACUGAAGAAAUACCAGACAGAACAGAGAAGCAAAGGAGACGCCCUGGACAAGUGUCAAGCUGAGCUGAAGAAGCUCCGCAAGAAGAGCCAAGGGAGCAAGAACCCGCAGAAGUACUCAGACAAGGAGCUUCAGUACAUCGAUGCCAUCAGCAACAAGCAGGGUGAGCUGGAAAACUACGUGUCUGAUGGCUACAAGACGGCGCUCACUGAGGAGCGCAGAAGGUUCUGCUUCCUGGUGGAGAAGCAGUGCGCUGUGGCCAAGAACUCCGCCGCCUAUCACUCCAAGGGCAAGGAGUUGCUAGCCCAGAAGCUGCCUCUGUGGCAGCAGGCCUGUGCUGACCCCAACAAGAUCCCAGAUCGUGCCGUCCAGCUGAUGCAGCAGAUGGCCAGCAGCAAUGGCUCCAUCCUGCCCAGCGCCUUGUCAGCCUCCAAGUCCAACCUGGUCAUCUCAGACCCCAUUCCUGGGGCCAAGCCCCUGCCAGUGCCACCUGAAUUAGCACCAUUUGUGGGGCGGAUGUCUGCGCAGGAGAAUGUACCUGUCAUGAAUGGCAUCGCAGGCCCGGACAGCGAGGACUACAACCCCUGGGCUGACCGCAAGGCUGCCCAGCCCAAAUCCCUGUCUCCCCCGCAGUCUCAGAGCAAGCUGAGUGACUCGUACUCCAACACACUCCCCGUGCGCAAGAGCGUGACCCCAAAGAACAGCUAUGCGACCACUGAGAACAAGACCCUGCCACGCUCAAGCUCCAUGGCAGCUGGCCUGGAACGCAACGGCCGCAUGCGGGUCAAGGCCAUUUUCUCUCAUGCGGCUGGCGACAACAGCACCCUGCUGAGCUUCAAGGAGGGCGACCUCAUCACCCUGCUGGUGCCUGAGGCCCGUGAUGGCUGGCACUAUGGCGAGAGCGAGAAGACCAAAAUGCGGGGCUGGUUUCCUUUCUCCUACACCCGAGUCUUGGACGGCGAUGGAAGUGACAGGUUGCACAUGAGUCUGCAGCAGGGCAAGAGCAGCAGCACCGGCAACCUCCUGGACAAGGACGACCUGGCCAUCCCGCCUCCUGACUACAGCACAUCAUCCCGGGUCUUCCCCCCCCAAACAGCAGGCACUUUCAAGCAGAGGCCCUACAGUGUAGCUGUUCCCGCCUUCUCCCAGGGUCUGGAUGACUACGGGGCACGGUCUGUGAGCAGUGUCGAUGUGGAAGUGGCCAGAUUUUGAGCUGCCCUUGACUAGAGUUAGAACCCUUUCGCCAAUGUCCAGCUGAAACCAACAGUGACCAAUGACAGGUCAGCCCCACUUCUCAGCUGACUACUGCAUUGCCAUGCUGCCCCCACCCACCCAUCCAUGCAGCUGAGUGGGUGAUUGCUCCGUGUUCUGUUUGGAGAAGACCACCUUACCCCACUCUGCAGAUUUAUGCCUUACAUUAGCCUGGCCUGGGCUGGAUCCCAGGUGUUCCUGGGGAGGUAGCCAUCCUGAGAGGCCAAGGCCCACUGGUUAUGGGUCUGCGCCUACAGGGCCAGCUCUCUGAGGGCAAGUGACUGGUCCCAGCUGUGGAACCCUGUACAUGGGCGGACAUUCUGUCAGCUUGUAGCCAGAAGGGAGCCCACUCCCUUGCUGCUUUUAGCUACACAUCUGGUCAAUAAACAGCUGCCCACUGUG